GCGCACUGCAUGUGUGAGGCGCAGAAGUCUUUGAGCGCAGCACAGAGCUACAACCAGAUACUAGAGGCUGAUUUCACUUCGCUGCACUGCCUGCCUGCCUGCCUGCCAUGCCCAGGAUGUGGGUUUGCCUGUUAAACCGUGAUGUGCGUGUUGAAUGAAUGGCUAGCAGUAAACUGAAGACCCUUCAGGACUCUUUUGAUGCAUACAGAAGCGAUGAAUGCUGGAUGGUAAACUGCAGAAACUGAGCAGUAAGGAUGCAGCACACGUCGUGCACAGAGGACAGGAUCCAGCACCUUCUGGACAGAUGUCUGGACGGGCUGAGACAGAGCCCAACAGCAGCUCACCACUGGAACGUGCUGAUGUGCUCUGCCGGUCAGUCAAUGAACCGCUGGAGCCUGGAGGAGCUGGUGAAGAGGGACCCUGAGAACUUCAUCAUCCUCUUACAACAGAUCCUCAAGAAGACCAAAGAGGUUCAGGAGCAGUGUCAGUAUGAGCUGGUGGCUCCACUCGCCAUUAUGUUUUCCUCCACAUUGCUACAGACUCCAUACUGUCCUCCAGACAAAGGUUUGAUUGAGAAAGCUAUUGAGGUGUUUCGCUGCUUCCUCGCCUGGCCUGAGCCUUACUGCAGUGUGUGCAAAGACCUCCUCUCAACUCUACAACUGGAGAUCAAGGCUCCCGGGAUUUCCUUUCAGAGACUGGUGAGAGAAGAACAGUUCCUUAACUCCCCUGGCCAGAGCUCCAAGACCAUGACGGUGCUGUUGAUGAACCCGUGCGAGGUGCCCGCUGACUUUCUCUCAGUGGCCGAGCAGCUCUGUCGCACACAGCACUCACAGGAAGAGACCUUCAUCAACCUGAUCAAACACGCUUUCCAGUCCUCACUAGGCACCAAGUACCCUCUACAAAGCAUCCAUAGAGCCCUGCAGCCCAAAAAUGUGAAUGAAUUGGGGUCAAUCUUCUCCACGAUAAGUGAUGUCUUAGAGGCCGCUGCGGCUAUGAAGGACCCUGUGAAGGGUCGCAGUCAUGUGAUCCAGGGGCUCGAGCAACUGAGGGAGAGCAUGAGAGUCCCAGCAUCCAAUGGAAGAAGGUCUGAUGGAAUGCUACAAACUCUACCCUUGCCUACAGCCAAGUGUUUCAUGUUUCACUGGGAAAAAGAUAACUUUGAUAUUCUGAACACACUUCUGGAACAUGAGCCCGAUGACCAGGAAACUAAUGGGCAUGCUGAGGAAGAAGAAGAGGUGGACAUUGAUGAUGAAGAUGAAGAGGAGGAGGAGGGGGAGGAGGAGGAGGAGGAGGAUGUGACAGGUCAUGAUAACGGAGAAGGAGAAGAAGAGGACGAACAUGGAGUAGAGUUGCCUUUAAUAUCUAACAUGCUUUAUGGGCACAAUCGUGCAUCCACCAUCUCCUCCGUGUCCACCGCCUCCAAAGACUCCAUGUUAUCCACCUUGUCUGUAGCCUCAGAGUCCUACCCUCCGUCCCUCUACUCAGUCACUUCUGGAGCUGAUAGUGACUUCUUUGAAGAUUCUGACGACAACCUCUGCUCCUCUCCUGUCAAGGAAAAGCCAAUUAACAAAGCUCGGUUCAGCCAGCACUUGUACCGGCUCUUCAGCAAACCUAAGGGGCCCCGGUUACUAUAUCGGGCCAAAAGCUUAGGAAACACAGAAUCCAAAGACCUUUUAGUUGUGCGAGACAAACCCCGCUCCAACUCUCUGCCGCAACAGGUUAAGUUACGUCGUACUGAGCCCUUUUUCCAGCCACCAAGUCAAACUCUCAGACAUGUUUGCUUCAGAAGGAGGCCCAUUCUCAGCAGUGACGAGGACAAUCAGAAUACCACGCUGAGGGUGGUGGUGUUUGGUGCUGAUCACGUAGCAGGCAAGGUGGCCAGAGCCUACAAUAGCCUGAGGAGGAAGGAGAGUGCAUGUCCGCGUCUCAGCAGGGUGUUCAGGCUUCAGUUCUACUUUGUGCCGGUAAAGAGGGACUCUGCAGCAGGGCAGGGGAGUUUGAAGUCUCAGGGUCCUGUGGUUCAAAGUCCCAAAGGAGCAGCCCUGUCUAAUGAUCCCCACCUCACGGCCACAGGGGACAGCACUAAUGACAUUGCCAACCUCCUUGGUAUGUUGGACCCUUGGUACGAAAGAAACACCCUAAGCCUGAUGAACUUGCCUGCCAACGUCGUCUGCCAGCAAACCUCAAAGACGGAGUCAGAGUCAUAUGAUAGUUCAUAUGAGCAGCGUUUGCCCAUCCUGGCCGAUCUGGUCCUGUACUACUGCCGUAACGCUUCCCGGCCAACCCUCAUCCAGCUCUAUCAGGCCGAGCUGACAUUAGCUGGUGGAGAGAGGAGGACUGAGGUGUUCAUCCACUCCCUAGAGUUGGGUCACACUGCAGGAACACGAGCAAUAAAGGCCAUGGGCGCUGCCAGUAAACGGUUUGGUAUUGACGGUGACAGAGAAGCAGUGCCCCUGAAGUUGGAGGUGGUAUCCAACAGGGUGGUGAUCAGUGGGAGAAGCCAGUGGAAAAGAGAAACCAAAGUCUGUACGUCAGUAAAUUUAACCAAAGCAUGCAAGAAUCCCGAGGAACUAGACGCAAAGAUGGAGUGCCUACAGCUCACAAUGACUGAGGUCCUUAAGAGGCAGAGCGGUAAAUGCAAGAAGGGCUACAACCAGCAGCUGAGCACGACAGAGGUGAAGGUGGACAAGGUGCAGGUCAGCGGUGCUGAAAACACAACCUUUGCUGUGUGUCUGGACCAGGACGAGAAAAAAAUACUGCAGAGUGUUACAAGAUGUGACAUAUCCGUGUGUUAUAAACCCGACAGCUCCACUGACUGGAGGCUAAGGAAAGCUCCGAGCUCAGCUCAAAUCCAGCCUCUCAACUCCACCUUCUGCUCCCUCCUCUGCCUGCCCAUAGUCACUUUCAGUGGGGCUCUUCCCUGAGACAUCUGACCACUAGGCAGGAUGGUCAGAAAGGAAAUAGUAUGUGCACAUGGCAAUACUCUGAAAAAACAGAGAGUGACGGCAGAAGAAAAGUGCACAGGGCAUACCGGUUUUUUAUUUCUGCCCAGCGUCAUGAAACUGUUGUUUUAAAGUUCACAUGAUGGUGGCAUCAAACGGCAGAUGGAUGCAACUGUUUGAAACACUGCAACCUGCUCUGAAAGACUCAUCAGGAAACAGCAGACAAAUGCAUACCAAAGAACCUGAAAGGCAAAGAAUAAAUAGACAAGCAGUCAUACUAAUGAUGAGCAGACCAGCGUUGUCUGAAAGACAAUACCUAACUGUUGUGAAGAAAACUGUUUGAGUUUAAUUUAACUGGUUUUGGUUCUUCUUUCCCUGCUGACAGAGAAGUGACUGAAGCCACAGUAAUUAUUCAAUGUAAUUUGGGCAAGCAGGGUUAAUCUGCAGCUCAGGCUUGAAGGUGAGAUGGCAGCCAAACUGACUAGUAGAAAUAAGCCUCAGACCUAUCAGGAGAUGGAUGUAAAAAGGUAGACAUCAUCUUGGUUUCAAAGUUUGGGGAAAGGUUUCUCUUGACCAAUCAACAUGGGCACGGGAACCAGGGGAACAUUGUACACCUGUUGACCAGUCUGACCAGUUGACCUGUUGACGCCUCCAUUAGGAAUGAUUAUGCAACUAUAUCUGAGAAUGUAAAUAAUAUGUUUGUAAAAUACUGUAUGCAUGUAAUUACUUGGAUGUUACAUCAACAUGUUUUAUGACUGUUAUACAUGGGCUUAAGUGAUAACAUUUCUCCUAAGGAGUUACAAUGAAGUCAAUGUAAAUAUGACCAGCAGGGGGUGCUGUUGACUUUCUAACUGACUUCAGAUGAAGUACAGAUUACUUUAACAAUUCAGAUUUAGCUAAACACAAUAUAAAGACUCACUUUGUAACAUAAAUGUAAUUUAUGUAGAGAUAGCUUAUUUUAGCUUAUGCAGAGUGCUAACCUUUAUUUCAUCAACUGUUGAUGAUGUUAUAUUGUGGUGCUAAAAAGAUCUUUAUAUAAAAAAACAAAUGAAUUGCACUUUGCAUACUUUUAAACUUGUAAUUUAACUAAAUAUAUGUUUUUGAUAUUCUCUAAAGAGAUAAUAACCUGACCCCCUGUCCAAGACUGAAAAAAGUAGCACUGCACAUAUUGUAUAGAAUUGAAGCACUUAAACAUUAGAUUGGAUAAUUAGGUACUUUUCUGUUCAAAUAAAUGCUCUAUGUGCCUUC